AUGGAGGAUACAAGGGACACCAAGGCUGUCCCCCAUCUUAUCCCACUUGCUUCCGCCCCCGCAAGGACCCUCCCCCUUGACGCGCACAAUGGCUCCUCCGAAGCCGACCCGUUGACCCCAGUCAGCUUCAACUGCCAAGCCUGUGUGCGCAAGAAGAUCAAGUGCGACCGCGCGGUGCCUAAGUGCGCCAGCUGCAUCAAGACCAAGCUCGAAUGUGUCUAUCAGCCACGGCUGCCACGGCGCAAGAGGAAACGUAGCCGGGACGAGGAAGACGUACAUAAACGGCUGGCACGUUACGAGCGCAUCUUGCACGACCACAACCUCCUUCCGACCGCCGCUGCCUCGAUCACCAGCAGUAGAGACUUGGAGGCCUCAGCAAACAGCAUACAGGCUCCGACUCCAGGGCCAGCGAAUUCGCAGGUUGACGCCACGGCGAAUAAACUGCUUUCCAUUAAUGGUAAUUCUCGCUACAUUGACAAUGUUCUGUUCCUCGACUCUGGGGAAGGUGACCUAUGUGAGUUGUCCGGGUCCGAGCAAGAAAACUAUCACGAAGACGAGCCUGGAUCCGACAAAGCCACUCCGACCGGUCUUCUCGGUGCCCUUGCCGCGCAUUCUAUCUCGGACGCAAUUCUCAGAAGAACGAUAAGCCUCACCGACCUUCACCCUAGCUAUGAGCAUGCGGUCAAGCUCUGGCAUACCUACGUGGAGAACGUCGAGCCACUUUGCAAGGUUCUUCAUGUUCCGACGGUCGCCAAGAUGGUUGACACCGUCUCUAAGCACCCAGCGACCGCCUCGAAGAACGAUGAAUGCGUGCUGUUUGCCAUCUAUCAUUUCGCCGUAUUCUCAAUGUCGGACGACGAGUGUUCACGGGAACUCGAUAAUUCGAGGACCCACUUGAUAUCUAAAUACCGGACCGCAGUCACCCAGGCAUUAGUAAAUGUGUCUUGGCUCAAGACGACCGCGAUGCCGGUUUUACAGGCUUACAUACUCUUUCUGAUCGCUUUGCGCACUCAGAUCGAUUCUCAUACCUUCUGGAUUUUGACUGGGAUUGCAAUUCGCCUAGCCCAACGCAUAGGACUGCACCGGAACGGCGAAAGCCUCGGAUUGCCCCCAUUUGAGGUCCAGAUGCGCCGGCGGCUUUUUUGGCAACUGCUACCCCUGGACGGCUACGCGGGUCAAACAUCUGGCACGGGUAUAUCCCUCUCACCCGAUAGCUGGGAUACUAAGCAACCGUUAAACAUUAACGAUGACCAGAUCUUCCCUGGCAUGACCGAGCCGCCUCAUGACCGACGAGGCGCAUCGGAGAUGAUCUUUUGCUUGUCUCGGAUGGAGCUGUCAAAUUUCUACGUUCGAACAGGGGUCAAGCUGAAGGAAAAAGGGGGUACAAUCCAGUUCCGGGAUCCCGAGGAUAUUGAGCGGCUGAUCGACGAGGUCGAAGACAUCAUUGAGACGAAGUUUUUGCGGUACUGUGACAUCUUGAACCCCUUACACUUUCUGACCACCGGCGUUAUGCGAUCGGCUAUCUGUGCCGUCCGGUUGCGUGCGCGGACGCCGCUGCUCAUGCAAGAAACCAUCACCGACGCACAGCGGAGACAACUCUGCACCCUUGCCGAAAAGGUACUCGACACCAGCAGUGCUAUCUUUAGCAAUCCCGCCACGCAAAAGUUUCGGUGGCAGAUGCAAGCGUUUUUCUUGUGGGAUUCCCUCCUCUGUAUUCUGAGAAGCAUCGCGAAGGUUGGAUUUUACUCGCCAUCAGAGCUCGAUGAUGCCUGGAAAAGGGUUUCAGAGGUCUACGCGAAUCACGAAGCACUGGUCCAGGGCCGAAGAACCCUGUACGUUACGAUUGCUAAGGUCACUUUGAAGGCCUGGCUAGUAAAUUCGCCUCGUAAUUCAUCUCCCGAGCCAGCUUUCAUUACCGCACUGCGCGCUCAACGCGAAUCCAAAGGUAUCGACAAGCGGGAUGACAGCGUAUUUUCGGUCGACCAAGCUGCGGAUGGGGCUUUUUCUUUCAACGAGCUUUUCGACGACAUAAACAGGACCGACCCGAAUAUAAACAGCGCCUUCAAUCUCGAUUCGUCUUCCGAUUGGCUAUUCUGGGACCAAAUGUGUAGAGGAAACUGUCUGGGCUAA